AUGGGGCUGCCCCGGAGGGCAGGGGACGCGGCGGAGCUGCGCAAGAGCCUGAAGCCCCUGCUAGAAAAGCGUCGCCGCGCGCGCAUCAACGAGAGCCUGAGGCAGCUUAAGGGGCUCAUCCUACCGCUGCUGGGCAAAGAGAGCUCCCGCUACUCCAAGCUGGAGAAGGCGGACAUCCUGGAAAUGACCGUGCGCUUCCUGCAGGAGCUGCCCGCGUCCCCCUGUCCAGCAGCCGCACCCACGUCCUCCGACAGUUACCGCGAGGGCUACCGCGCCUGCCUGGCGCGCCUGGCCCGAGUGCUGCAGGCCUGCCGCAUCCUGGAGCCGGCGGUGAGCGCGCAUCUGCUGGAGCACCUGCGGCGGAGGGCUUCCGGCGCCACCCCCGACGGUGGGCUCCCAGGGGACCCGGGCAGCCCGCCCUCGCCAGCCCCUCCGCCCGCGCCCCCCACGCCUCCGCAGCCUGCCCCUUUCGGCGACCCCGGAUUUUGGCGGCCGUGGUAG